AUGUCUUUAAGAAUUUAAUUAAGAUUAGCAAGUGUUCUAUAAUCUUUAGCUGAAGGAGAAUAAAAAACUGAAGUAAUUCGUUAAGUAUUAGCCGAAUAGAGUUCUUUUGAGCCUUAUGCAGCUUUCUGCCGUCUUGACUUAGGAAAAAAAGGUUUUAUUUUAGCUUCAGAUAUUUAAGAAUUCUUUUAAGAUAAUAACUUAUACGUAAGUCAUAAAGAAGCCAUAAAACUAAUUAACGAACUUACAACAAGUUUAGAUCGAAGAUUGUCUUACUCUAAUUUCGCUGAAGCAAUACUACCUCAUGAAGAUAGAAGAUUAAAAUAGUUAGCUAAUUUUAGAGAAAGUUAUUAUUUAUAAGAUGGAGAACCAUUACCUUAUGAAGCUGAAUGGGCAUUGGCUCGUGUAUUAGAAUAAGAAAUAAAAAAUAUUAGAAAAACAGAUGGAUUGAAAUAAUCAUUACAAGAUUUAUUUGAUUUUAACAAGUUAGAAUGCUUUAAUUGUAUUGACAAAAAACGUUUAGGCUAUAUUGAUAUCCAAAGUAUUGACGAAUUCAUGAUUUAGUGUAAUAUGACGUUGAAUGAAGAUUAAUUAGUUGCUUUAUUUAGAAAAAUAGGAUCAAAAAGUAAUAUUACUUACAGUUAAUUUGCUGAAAUUAUUACAUUGAAUGAUUUCCCUUCAUAUAAAGUAAAAGAAUACAUUCCCUAAUAAAGCAUAAAUAAAUCCUAUAGUAACUAUUCUAACUAAAAAUAAAAUUAUUUAAAUUCAACAUUCUAUACACCAUCAAAAAGUUCUAAAAAGAAAUUUGAAGAUGAACUAAAAGACUAAUAAUACUAUAAUUAUUUACAAAGAUCUGCAAGCUUAGAAAGACUUAAAAACUCAAUGAAAUAUUCUAGAUCUUAAAGAUACUAAUCUCCAUUACGUUAUUCUUCAUAAUCAAAAAGGGUAAACGUUCAAUCACGUUUAUAAUACAACACUGAUAAAUAAUACAAAUAACACUUAUUUUCUUCUUAACUAAAAUGCUAAUAAUCUCCUUUAAAACAACAUGAAGAAGAGCAACUAGUAAAAGCUUUAAAACAACAAGUUUUAAUUGACAAGGAUGUAGAAGAGUUAAAAAAUUAGAUUGCUUUAAGAAGUGACUUCAAAAUAGAAGAUGCUUUCAGAAUUAUCGAUUAGAAAGGGAAUGGAUAUGUUUCUAAAUUAGAAUUUGAAGUUGCUUUGAAUGACAUAGGAAUUUUCCCUACAAAAAAUGAAUUGUAUUUGUUUUUCUAAAGAUAUGAUAAAGAUAAUGAUGGAUUGCUUUAAUAUAGUGAUUUUAAUGAUUUAAUCACUCCAGCAAAUUCCGAAUAUGCUUAUUUGUUUAAAAGAAGGGAACCUCUUUAUUGUGAUCCUGAAAAUGGGCUUUUUAACUUCUCAGUUGAGACUAGAAGACUGUUCUAGAAAUUAAUGAAUAAAAUUUUAUAAUCGGAAGUAGAAGCAGAGUUGAUUAGAUAGUAAUUGAAUAGAAGACCUUUCUUUUCUAUUUAAAAUGCUUUCUAAGCUAUUGAUAGUUUGGAUAGUGGAUUUAUUACUUUAUAAGACUUUAAAUAAAUCCUUAAUGAAUAUGGAAUAUUUGCUACUAGGGAUGAUUUAAAUAAUCUUGUUAAAAGAUAUGAUAAAAAUGAAGAUAGUAAAGUUACUUAUAGGGAAUUUGUUAAAGAGUUAUUACCUAAAUCACCAGUUAAAUAUGCAUAAUAUUGA